GAAAGAUACCUCCACUCGGCGACGAUGGACGCGACCGCAGCGACGACUGCGGAGGAGCAGCCGUCGAUGGAAGAAGCGCUGCCCGGUGGAGCCAAGGACCAAGCCAUGAAGGCUCCGCGGAAGAUGGAAGCGCUGCGCAAGAUGGACGAGGCCAAGCACCGGUCAGAGGGGGCGCGUUCCGCCAUGACGUCCUCCAAGAGCAUGGAGAACGUCGGCGCCAAGUUCUACGAGCUCACGGUCGAGGAGCGCCGGAAGAAGUACUCGAUGAGCGCACGCAACUCGUCGUACUGGCUGAAAGUCGUCGCUCGGUCGCACUCGGACCUCUCGCUGCAAGCGACGGCGCCGAUUGAGUCACCGCCCGUCGAGACUCUCCGCAGCAGCAGCUGGAAGACUGUCGAGUCCCAAGAUACAAUCGACGAGCCGAGCUGUACGAGCGUCGACGAGGCAGUCUUUGAGCACCAGCGGUACCAGCUUGUACUGGGCUGGGGGUCCAAGGGCUGCCUUUUGCCUCUCGACCCAAAGAAGUAUGCGACAGCGUCUUACGAAGCGCAGUUUCCAGUCUUCCCGACGAUUCCGCUGCCGUCGGAAGGCAGCGAUGAGGGUUGCGGGCGCUGGGAGUGGGUCACGCCCUGGCAGAUCCAUGUUCACGCCGACACCGACAACGAUGGAUGGCGCUACUCGACGAGCUUUAGCCAUCUCCGACUCGAGUCAACGGCCUGUUUUGGCUACCACCGCAAGACGACAUUUUGCAGGCGACGCAAGUGGGUGCGUCGGCGUCUCUUCGUGCCGCUGCACUCGCCGUCGAUGCUGCAGCCAUGCGGCAUGGACGGUGUGCUUUUGGAGCGCAAGUGUGGUUGGCUUCACAAGCUCGGGCAUCGGCGCAAGAACUGGAAGCACCGUUUCUUCGUUCUCGACGGGUCCGUCUUGCAGUACUACACGGAUGACGUCAGCAAAGCCAAGACCCCGAAACUGAAAGGCGAGGUCCUCCUCUUCCAUAAAGACACGACGGUCCAUUACGCCGACGAGCCUGCGACCGGCCGCGCCUUUUGCUUUGCGAUCGAUGCCGGCGCGUACUCUCUUUUGCUCCAAGCACCAUCCGAACUUGAUCGUGAAGCGUGGAUUUACGCGAUCGAAGACGCUAUCUUGUGUCGCGACUCGUAUUGUGCGCUCGACGACCAAGCGGCCGAUGACAGGCGCAGCGAAGUCAUGCGCCGGCGAUCGCUGAGUGCGACGUCUGUGACGGCGUCCAUGGGUGGUGUCCAGGACGACGACAUGCACGCUUUGUACGACGCCAUCGUGGGGCUCUACCACGAUGCAACCUCGCAUUUUGUCAAAAAGUACAAAUUCCACUUUCAAACCACGAGCAAGACCGAGGCCGUCGAGACAAAGGUCGUGCGAGCCCUCAAGUCGUAUCGCAUGUUUGUCGAGCGCACGCUGGCCAAGGUCCUUGACCGGUUUUGCGAGCACAUGAAGCGCCAGGGCAACAAAGACGAUGCGAUUGAAGCCGUCUACUACAGCGCGCGCGAAGCAUCCUUGCGCUGCAUUGAACGAGUCACUUUUCUCCCCCUUCACGAUCUUCUGUACUCGAUGCUCCAACUUUCGUUGGCAGGCGGGGAUGCUGCGCUCGCAGAGUUUGAGAGCCGUCGGCGCUGGCUCGCAGAAAAACCUCAGUCGUUCUUUGACAUCCGACCUGCUCACAUAUCACCGAGCAACUGGGGCGCGUGCACAGACAAGCUCAAUGCACUCGACGAGCACGUGUUGCCGUCGGAGAAGGGUCUCGCGCUCGUCGAGGCUGCCAAGAGUAUUUACGCCGUGUUUCACGCCGAGCACACGAGCGUCAACGUCGAGCAUCUUGCGGCCGACGACUUCCUUCCCAUCUUCAUCUACGUACUGUGCCAGAGUUCCCUCACCGAGCUGCCUCUCACACGUCGCGUACUGAGCGAAACGACGAUCUCAUCCAUCAUGAUUGGCGAAAUUGGCUACUACACGACGAUGCUCGAGGCGGCCGUCGAAUUCGUUUGCUCAUAUCACGGGUAACCUGGCUACUUGUUUCCGUUCUAUCCUAGUCAAGUUUGGCACUGGCGCGGAUGGCGUUGCCGGUCAUGGCGCGCUUGAUGGCCUGUCGCAGUCGGUUUACGAGCUGAACGCGCGCAUUGCUGCUCCCGCC